AUGGCCUCUCCACGCGGCCACCGUCCGGGUCCCAGGCCUGUUCCUGCGCCUUCGAAUACCGUCCUCCUCGCGACCCAAGCUCAGUGGCUCUUCACCGAUGAAGAGCUCACACGAACGCCGUCACAGCUCGAUGGGAUGAAGAUGGAGGCGGAAAAUACCUCCCGCAGCAAGGGCGUGAAUUUCAUCUCCCAGGUGGGUAUCAUGCUCAAGCUGCCGCAACUCACGCUUGCGACGGCCGCCGUCUACCUCCAUCGUUUCUUCAUGCGAUACAGUAUGGUCGAUCUACCGCAACGACCCGGAAUGCACCCCUACCCCAUCGCUGCUACGGCACUGUUCCUGGCUACGAAAGUCGAUGAAAAUGUGCGGAGGAUGAAGGAGCUUGUGGUUGCUUGCUGUCGGGUAGCCCAGAAGCAGCCGAAUCUGGUGGUUGACGAGCAGUCCAAAGAGUUUUGGAAAUGGCGCGACACGAUCCUCGUCAACGAGGAUACCCUACUGGAGGCGCUGUGCUUCGACCUGCAGCUGGAAGAGCCGUAUCGCAUCCUUUACGAAUUCCUGCUGUUCUUCAACGUGGCCGAUAACAAACAGAUGCGCAAUGCGUCAUGGGCCUUUGUCAAUGAUUCGAUGUUUACCGUCCUGUGCCUACAGUUCACCGCUCGCAACAUCGCCGCCGCCGCGCUGUACGCCGCUGCCAAGCAUUGCGACGUCGGGUUUGAAGACGACGAACUCGGCCGGCCCUGGUGGGAGCAAAUCGAUGUGGACAUCCACGAGGUGCGUCGUACGGUCACAAGAAUGGCACAAUUAUAUGAGCACAAUGCCUUGCAAAGAAAUACGUACUAUCUGUCCGCCCCCACCGCGUCAGACGAGGGUGCUGAGAAGACCAGGAUCCCGCGCGCGGGCGGUACGACAGAGCCCGCGCCAGGAACAGACCCCGUCAAUGGGCGCAAGCGGUCCAGGGAGCCCGAAGAGCAGACUCACGACCGCACCCUGCACGAAUCGACUACGUCGCGCGACCACGAGCCAGCUAGACAGAAUGGUACACGGUCGCCGAAGCGACAGCGGAGGGAAGCGGAAGGCGUGGUGGCCGAGAGAGGCCCUGCGCAUGAAUCCUCGACUGUCCUCCACUCUAAUGGAGGGCCACCGUCAUCCCAAGACCGACACCACGGCAACGGUCACGUUCCUGCGGGACAACUCCCGCCGCCUCACCAUCACUCACAAUCACGCCAUCCGCAUCCUCUGCCCCCUGCCCCUCGACCGUUCCCUCGCCGUGAUAGCGCCAGCCGGGGAAGUAAGCCGGGGCAACCGGUGGAUCCGAUCCAGCAACGGAUCGACGAGAUUGUACAACAGAACAUGUCCUCCCACGGGUCUCCGAGCUCUGCUAGAUCUGAGCGACGGCCAAUAGACCGUCAUCGAAGCGACUGGGACGUAGAAUCAGACGAGCGCAGGCGACGCCCGUCUGCUGGUGGCAGGAAGCCAUCCUACGAAGAGCAUUCGAACCACUCCCGUGCACCACCUCCACCUGCUCCUCCACCUCCUCCUCCGCCACCUCCUCCGGAAGAAGCCCGGCCACCGUCACCGGAACCAACGAAAGCUGUUGAAAAUGAUGAUGAGGGCGGAGGGAGUGAGGAGGGCGAGCUUUGA